UCGAUUAUUUGCGAGGAUGACAAAGGCGAUGAAUAAUCGUUUAUUUUCUUGUUUAGAAUUUUCUGCGCGACAUUUCCUUCUCCCAUUUUCAAUCCUGACAAUUUUUAUUCUUUCCUUUUUCAUUCUUUUUUUAAUUCUCGAUUUUAUUUUUAUUUUUAUUCUUCCCAUUAUCGACAUAAAUUUAUUUAUAUGCCUUCAGAAAAAAAUAUUCAAAUUGAACUAGCAUUUGUGUUCUCCUUAACACUUGUCUAUUUAAUACUCGAACAAUCUCAAUUUAUUAAUGCAGUAGAUGUUUUUAGACCGGGAGUUGGAUUUGUUGUUAUUGUUAACUUGGCUGGAAUAUUUUGUGCUUUAACCGGUGUAUGUUUGCAACGAGAUCUUUUUAUUUCUGUCCAAAUUAUGCUUCUUCUAGGACUUGUUUGCCUCUCAGAUUUAUUUGCCUUUAUUUUAGGUAUUUAUAUAAAUUUUCAUUUAAAUUUUAUUAAAAGUAUUUACAAUGGCUUUUGGUUCGAGAAUUCCACUUGGAAAUUCCUUGGAUGCCAAAUCUUUAGUUCAAUCUGUUUUGGUUAAUGACCAACGUUGG